AUGACGACCCAUCCCGCAAUUAUUGUGACCGGCAUCAAAGAGCCGCUGACAAUUCAGCAAGUUCCCACUGUCGUGCCGCAGAAACAUGAGGUUCAGGUCAGAGCCGAAUGGGUGCCAUCUGCUCCAUUGGAUGUGUUCCAGGUUGAUGCCGGCUUGAUGGCACAAUUUCCGCUUCGUCUUGGAGACAGUGUGGCUGGAACGGUAGUUGCAGUCGGCUCUAACGUUCAACGCCUGAAGGUCGGCGACCGAGUAUUUGGGUUUGUGUUCCACAACGAGAACGAAAAGGCUCACCAGGUCUAUGUGACAGCAGCCGAUCAUUUGUUUGGCAAGGUCCCAGAUAACAUUCCUCUUUCUGCUGCUGCAACGUUGUCUACUAAUUUCUGUACAUCGUUUUUGACGUUGUCAGAAAACCUUCAAAUUGAACUGCCUUGGCCACGCCCAGAGAAUUUUGUGCCUCAGGACCAGGAUAUUCCUAUUUUGAUUUGGGGGGCAGGUAGCUCCGUUGGCAGUUAUGCAGUCCAGAUUCUGAAGCAUUGGGGAUACCGGAAUGUCCUAGUUACAGCCUCUCCCAAACAUGAAAAGCAUCUGAAGGAGCUUGGUGCAACACGCGUUUUUGAUUAUCGCAGCGCUGAAGUUGUGAGCUCCAUCGCCGGGGCCCUCGAGUCUGGAAUGUCUUGUCAGCCACUUCGAGUCUUUGACUCUGUGGACUCGAAACUCGGGUCACUGCUUCCGAUAUCUAAACUCGCGACUCAGCCAGGCUCUAAGGUUGCCGCAGUUCUCCCGGUCGUGAUCAGUGCACCGUCAUCUUCGGAAGGAUUGCAACUGUCUGCCGACCCUUCCAAGGAAGCCGACUGGGUCCAGGGCGUGGAAGUCCAUGCAAUUGUGAGCUACGCAUAUGAAGCUAAUUCCUUCUUGAAGGACCGUCUUAUGCCUGAAAUUUUGCCCACCUUACUCGCCCAAGGCGCAAUUCAACCCAGCAAACAGCGAGUCAUUGAAGGAAAGACUUUACUCGAGCGAGCAACUACUGCUCUGGACAUCAUGAGAAGUGGCACUGUCAGCGGCGAGAGGCUUGUGUGGAAAGUAUGGACCGCUGAGGAGUUCCCGGAACACAUGUAA